GGCAGUCUCGCGUUUCAUCUUAGCGGGCCUAGUCGCUCUACAAAAAAGGCGGGAAAGUAAGUGUAGUGCAAAAAAGGAUUUCACAGAUAAAAAAUGACACCAAAGCGGACUUCCGAAGAUGUCGACACUGAAGAGCUUAAGUCGGACGACCAGGAAGAUGCCAAGAGUGGUGGUGCUCUGGAAGCCAAGAUGUCGCUGCUGAACGGCAUCACGGUGAUAGUGGGUUCGAUUAUCGGCAGCGGCAUCUUUGUAUCUCCCACGGGCGUGCUGAAGUACACCGGCUCUGUGAAUGCCAGCUUAUUAGUGUGGAUUUCUUCAGGAGUCUUUAGUAUGGUGGGAGCGUAUUGCUACGCGGAGCUGGGCACCAUGAUACGACUGAGCGGCGCUGACUACGCUUACAUCAUGGAGACGUUUGGUCCCUUCGCUGCCUUCAUACGUCUCUGGAUCGAGUGUAUGAUCGUUAGGCCCUGCUCACAGGCGAUCGUGGCGUUAACAUUCAGCGUGUACGUCCUGAAACCGAUAUUCCCCGAGUGCGAUCCACCAGAAGAUGCCACAAGGUUGCUGGCGGCUUGUUGCAUCCUGCUGCUGACAUUCGUCAACUGCUGGUCGGUCCGCGCUGCGACGCUGGUGCAGGACUGGUUCACGUACGCUAAACUCCUGGCUCUCUUCAUCAUCAUCGCGGCCGGUGGCUAUCAGCUCUGCAAAGGUCACGUUGAGCACUUUUCCUUUGAAGGGACAACUAAUGACGUCACGUCUAUCGCCCUGUCAUUUUACUCCGGCCUUUUUGCAUAUAACGGAUGGAACUAUCUGAACUUUAUCAUCGAGGAACUGAAGGACCCUGUCCGCAACCUGCCGCGAGCUAUCGCCAUCUCGUGUACGCUCGUCACCGUCGUCUACACCUUCACUAACAUUGCUUUCUACACCACACUCUCACCCAAUGAGGUGCUGGGUUCGCCGGCAGUGGCCGUAACAUUCGCCGAGCGACUGUUCGGUGGGUUCGCUCUGGUCAUUCCACUGUUCGUGGCUGCGUCUACGUUUGGUGCUGUCAAUGGAGUGCUUCUGACGUCUUCAAGGUUGUUCUACGCCGGCGCAGCACAAGGUCAGAUGCCGGAGAUGUUGACAAUGGUGACUCCGCGCGCGACGCCCGCUCCCGCCGUUAUAGCGGUGGCGCUGCUGUCGCUUCUCUACCUCACUGUGUCUGACAUACAGGCGCUAAUCAACUACGUCGGGUUUGCUACUUGGCUGAGCAUCGGAGCUGCAGUUUUGUGUCUACCAGUACUCAGAUAUACGCAACCAAGCCGGGAACGACCUAUUAAAGUCAAUUUAUUCUUUCCAGUGAUCUAUAUAAUAUGCACCAUCCUGGUGGUGGCAUUCCCUGCCAUCGCGUCUCCGGCGGAGACUGGCAUCGGGUGCCUGAUGAUCUUGAGCGCAGUACCCGUCUACCUGCUGCUUAUCGAUUCUCGCACCAAGCUGUCGCUGGGCCCAGCCGCAGAGGCUGCAACGCGUUUAGUGCAAAAACUGACAUUGUCUGUUCGGCCAAAAACCAAGUAAACUGAACGAAUUGCCGCUACGAACAUAUCGGACCUCGUCACAGUAUUCAGAGAUUUUUUUCUAAGAUUAAAAUCUGAAAUUACACCGAAGCCUACAAUCAAAACUCAAUUUUCAUCUUCAUAAUUUACAUACUUUUAUUAAUUUUUACCAAAAGCGUAGGUAGUGUUUGUAUUAUAUUAUUUAUUUAUUUAUCUAUUAACACACAAAAAUUAUAAUGUAAUGAAUUUAAAAGGGACCUUAUAAUAUUCUUACAUAAUGAAAGUAGACUGCAUUUCAUCAAAAAUUAAGCACUAUUAAUCUGUGGUAGUGGGAACAUUACGGCUAAAAACAAGCUUACUUGCCAUGAUUUAAAAAAAUUAAAACAACUUACAGACAGUUUCGGCUUGCUUAUUGAAAUUAUGAACGAUUAAUGAUUUUUCGUAAUUAAAUACUUAUUUAAAUAAUAAUUUAGUGUAAUUCUCCAAAGAUAUUUGAUUGGUAUCGUUCAAUUCUAACAUUAUAUUGCAACACCUUGGAAUUCGAGAUGCGCCCUAAUGAAGGGGUUCCCUAUUUGAUAUUUAAGUUAGUUUUAUUUAAAAUAAAAAGGUUCGUGCUUUUCAGUCAAUUGAACGUAAUUUCGUUUAUGACAUAAAUCGAAUCAUAUUAGGAUCGAAUCUAGUUGUAAUAACAACACAGUUUCAAGAAAAUGUUCUGUAUUUUUCUAACUGGGUGCUUUGACAUUAAGGGUAGGCUCCCAUAAUUAUAUGAGAUUUUCUCGAGAGAACUAAACCAAAUAUCCUAUCUAAGAGAAAUUUAAAUAAUAUAUGUUUUCAAACCUUUUUCUUUCGGUUGCCUAAACUGAAAACACGAUUGGAAGAUAUUUGUUCGAUGCUUUUUUUUAUCGAUAACGAUGCUUACUUAUCGUAAUAAAAAAUAAUGCAAUAUAAUAUUUUCGUAUUCAAAAAAUGUAUGUUUAUACUAAUUAUUAUAUUAUAGAUAUAAACGUAGUAAAGCAUGCCGUUGUAUCAAGUGGUUGAAUUGUUGUCGAUGUUGUUCAAAUUGUUAUCAAUUAAUAUAAAAUGUAGUUUGCUUCUAUCCAAUGUGUGAAUUAUAUUGGUAUUUGGCUAUUUCGCGAAAUAUUUUCUAAUAACUUUUAUUCGAAGUGGCCGCAUUUCAUUCAUUCAGAAGUUCACUAAUAAAAGCUCAGGAGAAACUAUGCAUUUAUACAGAAAGGGCUAAUACGUAAGGCUUAAAGAAAGGCUACGAUUAGUCUUUAUCACAGUGUACAGAAAAGACUGUGCCUUUAUACUGCAUCAGUCAUUUUUUUCUUUCCACUCAUAUCAAGAAGUUAGAACCAAAAACAGACGAAAAGAUUUUUUUUACCUUUCAAGGUACCCUUGGACGACAAUUUAUACACUAAAAUAGAAAUAGUAGAACUUAGAUUUUGUAACUAGCCUCUAGUCUAUAUUUGAUAGCUUUUAUACUAUAUUUAAACAUAUUUUAAUAACUUUGUUUAUUUGAAUAAAGGCUGUGUUAGUUGAUUUAUCCAAAGAAUCUCUUUUUUAAUGCUCUUUACUUUGUACAUAUCUAUUCCUGGAUCGCUUGCUACAAACAAUAGUUAUAGUCCUCUCCACAAGAACGUAUAAAUUUUUAAAAUACACAUUCACAAACCUUUGAAUCCGCGAAAACAACACGAAGAAACUCUUGAGACGCAUUCGAAACUUGAACAACCAUAGACCAAGUAUAGCAACUAGACAUCGCUCGAUUUGGCUUGGCCAACAUGAGACAGAUAAAAUCCUAUAUAUACAGGCACAAUAGGUACAUAAUAUAACACAAGUGUUCUUUCACUUUUACAUCGUAAAAUUAUUACCUUCGUAUAUUUCCUUCGAUUCUACAUAAAAUUGUCACUGAUGUUGAAUAAAUAGUGGAUAUUUCACACGUUUCACAAGUUUUCUGUGCAGCGCUGUCAAGUUUGUUUAGCACACCGGGUAUGCUGACCUUGAAAAAACCGGCACGCAUGGCGAAACAAAAAAUCUAAUCACUCUAUCUCAUUUCUUUACAUAAGACUCGCAUAAGUUUUUCUUUUUCUCGUGUGAGUGAGGCGGAAGCGAUCAAUUAGUCUAGUAACUAGUUACUAUACUUGGUCUAUGUGAACAACCGUAGACAGCUUCAACGUGAAUUUACUUCAAAAAGGUUAACAUGAAAAACAUAAAACAUUAAACGACAGACAGACACUUCAUAUCGCUAGAAAAUUACCGUCGCUCGUAAGUUUCGAAUUACAUUUAUGAUUACUUCGAGUGGAUUGAAUUUGGGAUAUUUAUUUCUGAUCAAAUUGUUGCUAAGUACUGCUAAGUACCUAACUUAGGAAAUCUUUAUUCACAAAAUUUAUAGGGCUUCUUGACGGGGACUAUAAUUAAGUAAUUUACAAACUUUAAUGUUAACAAAAAAUCUGAUUAUCUUGAUAGAACAAUGAUAUACUUAAAUGAUUUGGUUGUGGUACUUGUCCACUCCGUUUCCAACUCCAACAUCGACCAUAAACAGCAAGCGAGAUCUUCCUUUAUUUUACAUGCAAGAAGACAAUAAAUAAUUAUUUUGCAAACUAAUGAUCUAAGUAAAUUAUACUCAUUAAGGUGAUUUGUAUUUGUACAUAUUUAAUGCGUUACAAUACAUAAACAUUCCAAUUUGUUAGAUUAGGUUAAACUAGAUGCGCUUUACGCAAAAAUAUAUUCAAUUUCUGUAAGGUGUCAAAGUUUAUAGGCUUCGCCACGUAAAAAGGGUGGCAACCUACAACGUUUUGUCAACUAACUUAGCGGUAAGCAAAGGGGAUGUCAAUGCAUUGUUUCCUGCCUGUACAUACUCGCACAAUAUUUUUGCACGAUUAUUUUGCUUAGCGUUGAAAGGAAAAUACUUAUAAUGUUCAAUAGUUCAAGAAGAAUGCAGGCUAAUAAGAAUAAUUAAUUAGUUAUAACAUUUAAUGCUACAGUUAAUAAUUUAAAACAGUUUUUGAUAAGAUCUGAAGAAUUGUUUUUUUUAAAACAGUUUUUCAUUCUAUUCCUUCCUAUGCCGCAAUAUAAUACAUAAUUAUUAUAAAUUGUGUUUCUUAGUUAGAAGUUAUUUUGUGCGUGACUGUACUAGACGAAGGCACCCCACCAUAACCGCGCAGCAUCUCUUUACGUGGCGCCAUCUAUAUAAAUUACUUCAUUACAAAUAAUGUUGUAAUAUUCAUAUUAUGUCUUGUGUUAUUUUAUAAGUAUUCCUAGUUUAUUACACAUGAUUACAACAUCGUUACUCUAUGCCCUCAAAGGAGUAGGUAUAUUAAUGUACAAGGGCAUUUCAUUGUAGUGUUUUAAUUUUAAUUAGUUAUGUUAAGAAGUAGCAAUGGGCCAAAUGUGGUUUGAACCGAAUACGAACUUCGGCCGAACAUUCGGUAAAAAUCGAAAAUUCGGUUGAUUUUCAGCGCGCGUUCUCGGGAGUGGUCAGCUACGCCCCACCCCGCGCGUGAUUCUGGGCUUGUUGGAGCUCAUUAGCAAAUACGUCACCUUCGUGACGCUCGCGUUUUGUUUACAUUUGACAUAUUAUUACGUGUUCUUAGGUAUUUUAACGAGGUUUAAGUCAAGAAAUAUUAAUAUUUUCUUGUUUUAUUUAACAGAUAUGACAAAUUUUUGGUUCUAAUAUGUUCAAUCAAAAAUAUGCAGAUAUUUUGUUUAUUUUUUUUUCUUGUAGCCAAUAAGCCGAACUUCGGCCGAAUACCGAAGUUCUGUUCAAGCCGCCGAAGUUCAGUUAAACCGAAUGUAAAACGAAGUUUGGCCCAUCCCUAAUAAAUAGCUUUAAGACUGCGUGCCAUCAUUACGGAUGAAAAAGUUUGUCUUUCUGUCGGAUAAUCUCCACUGUUCCAGCGAAUAGCGAUUGUUCAACCAGCGUACCUAAUCUUGCGUUUCGCAACGUGCACACCACGUCAUGUAGUAUCUCCGCGAAAGGACUACUUGGCCUUAUUUCAUAAUAGGUGGUAUGCAUGUUUAAAUUAAAAAAGUAAUUUGAUAUAAAUCACCCUGAGAAUAGCAUGAACAAGAACAACAAACACGCGGAACUAAUUUGGUGACAUAACUGAUGACCAAUUUGAUGACGUGUAAUUACGAGUACGCAAGCGAACGAACCGGUACCACGCGAAUAAGAUGGUGACGUCACUGUCCUUCAUACCGCAGCCUAGCGUUUCUUUAGUUGAAUCACUUUAAGAAAUAUAAUACAUAUUUUAACACCGUUAUAUAUAUAUUAUAAUUAAAAGUGGCAAGUGAAACAAACCCGCAACGUUAAUAAUUAUUAUGGUAAUUAAUAGUUAAUGGUCGUGUGCGAAAUGCGAAACGCUAUGAAAAAGUACGUUGAUAUCGCUGUACAGUGUAGACAAAAAUUUGCUUUCGCAAUCAUCAUUUAUAAUUGCAUUAAUAUAUGACGCGUUAUUUCCAAUAUUUUUUUGCUCAGUUUUAUAUUGGUAAUAUUAUGAUUAAUACAUAUUAAUCAUAUUUAUGUUAUUUUAACUGUUUAUGUGUUAGUAUAAAUGUAUGAUGUGGAUAACAGAGUUAUUCAGUUAUAUUGUAAUCUUGAAAUAAUAACGCGUAGAAAUAGAAACUUUUGUAUGAAACAAUCGCACAAGAUUCUGUUUACUAAGCCAAUAAUACUCAGAAAGUAAACGAGAGAAGCGUUAUGCUCAGCACACUGACAUAAAUCAUUGAACUUAGGUAAGGAAAAAGAUUUAAAAGGAAGGCGUGAAUAAAACAGCAAAUGUUAGUCAAACAAACAUCAUACGUAAAUACUCAUUGCCAUUAUUAUAAAUGAAUUGAUUAAGUACCUAGUUACUAACAUAAAAAACGUAUAUCUAAAAUGUUUAAAAUCAUUUCACUUACGUUUCAUUUAAAACUUAGCUUUUUGAUGUGUCAUUAUUUAAUAAAUAAAUGACAUUAACUUCACAUUAUUUCAAACUUGAAGACCAAAUUAUAAAAGCCUUCCGAUUUCAUUAAUCAGAUUAAUUAUCGGACAGAUAAAAGUUUUAAAAUAAAUAAAUCAUUAUGACAUAUCUCAGUGUAAACAAAAAUUACCUACCUACCUAUACGAAAAUGGCGUUUGAGUUUAAAACUUGUAAUUAUUAAUGUUCAAUAAGAGGAAAAGGUGUGUGAGCUUUAUUUAUUGCAUUUAAUUUAAUUUCAGAUUGUCAGCGUGCGAUAUUGUGGCUAACUCUUAAAACUUAUUUCUAUGCGUUAUUUUUAGUGUGUGUAUCGUAUUUGUUCUAUGUCGUUGUUUCUAUAAAACGCAGUUUUUAACUGUCGGACACGAUGUGACAAUAAUAACUUAUUAAACGGAAUUGUAAAA